AUGACUCCUAAAGCUGGCCUCCAGUUGUCUGUGUAAUAUUUUGUGGAUUUUCACUUUUCUGGGACUUUAAAAGAAUGUCCCGGUACUCAGGAGCUACAAAAUUCCCUACACCAAGCACAAAAGCUGCUCGCAUCACACGAGGCCUCGUACCUGCAGAGUCUGCGCAGCCUGAAGAGGAAAAUCAGCCAGCUGCAGAACAGCACGGCUCGUGCGCCUUCCAGAUCAGGAUAUGCGUCCUGUCCCAAACUGGAGGCUCCUCUCAAUGGGAGAAAAUUAGGGAAGGGUAUACUACCGGGUCAUGAGGUUCAUUUCCUGUGUGACUCAGGCUACGAGCUGGUGGGCUCUGAGACCCGGCAGUGUAAGGAGACGCUCACCUGGAGCGGCCAACAAGCCGUCUGCAAGGAAAUAAACGAGUGUGCCUCUUCACCCUGUGCCAAUGGGGGUUCAUGCACAGAUGAAGUGAAUGGAUUCACAUGCGUCUGUGCCAGAGGAUGGGCCGGACCUACGUGUCAAUCUCCGACCCCGACCUUUUUUGCCACAACAACCAACAUCUCCACCUCUGGAGCUGCAGCUGCCACCUUGUUUCCUUUAACGACUCUGCUUCCAUUUGUGCUGCCGUCCAAGUGCAGCCAGGUCCAGGGCACCACACACUGCACCUGUGAGGCAGGAUACACCAUUUCAGGCCGGGACACCAGCCUCUGUACAGACAUUGAUGAGUGUGAAGUUUUCCAUAACGGCCCGGCAGGUCGUUUGUGUGCACAUGCUUGUGUUAACACCCCAGGUGGUUAUCGCUGUUCGUGCCCAGCUGGCUACCAAGUGAGCCGAGACGGCCGAGGCUGCAGAGAUAUCGACGAGUGCGCCACACGGCAGAACAACUGCACCCGUGAUCGCCUGUGCAUUAACACGUACGGAGGUUUUCAGUGCAUAAAGGUCGAGUGUCCACGCAUCCCUAACGUCACCUACGUCAAAACCUCACCCACGCGCUGUGAGAGAAACCCCUGCCCUGUAGACAAUAAAGCGUGUUCUCAGGCUCCCGUCUCCGUCUCCUACCACCAUAUGUCAGUGGUGUCAAAUCUCUCGGCUCCGCGGGUUUUGUUCCGGGUCUCGGCGGUGCGGAUGAUUGGAGAUACUCUGCGGUUCUCUCUGCUAGGGAGCCACGGGAGACGCCAUUUCAGCAUCCAGCGAUCAGACCGGCAGACCGGAGAGCUGCUGCUGCUCAGCCCCAUUCAGGGCCCUGAUACCCUGGAGGUGGAGGUAGAGAUGAACGAGCUGGAGAAGAAGGAGCUGAUCGGGCGCUAUAUCACCAAGAUCACCAUCUUCAUCUCACAAUAUGAGUUCUAGAGUUGAAGAGGAAAAUAAUUUUUUUUCAAUAAUAAUAAUAAUAAUAAUAAAAAGAAUAAUAACAUCAGAUAAUACUAGCUUAUAUAUUUUACUAGAACAGAUCUACUGUACCAUAAAUCCAGCUGGAGUUCUGGCUGAUAGUACAGUUAAACAAAUGUCAUUUAGUUUAUUAUUCCAUGGACAACACAAUUCUAUAUCAAAUGUAUAUAUCACGUUUUUUGUCAAAUGAAAUUUCCCAGACAAG